UUUAGUGCAUCGAUCCACUACACACCACGUAUCCAACAACCUCUCGUCGACCGGCAGCGCUAUCCUUCCAUCUAUAAUAUCACCUGUGCCGCUGCUCUCCCCAAGCCAACGAGUCUGGAAAACCAUUAAACCAUUAAAAUUCAAACGCCACAGAACCUUAGGUAGCAACCAAAGCGAAGGUGUUCCAAAAAAAAAAAAAAAAAAAAAAAAAGCCAAGGUGCUGUUGGAAUCCAUUACAGAAACCCAAAUUAAUGUGAUAUGAAAACGGGAAAAUAUUGCGAGUGUUUCUGCCGUACAAAAUAUUGUGGUUGGUUUUAAAGUAAAAUGCAUUUUAUUCCUGGCUCCAUAGACCAAUGGGUUAUACCAUGAGUAGAUUGGAGAUUGAUUCUGAACAUUGUGAUGGAGGUAAGACCAGAAAUGAAAUCAGUAAUGGCCAGAGAUCCAACAAAUCAUUGAACAAUUUAGAUCAUGAAAUUUCCCUGAUCACGAAAUUAAAAUCAAGACCUCAUGAACGCCUGGCCCAAGUGACACCUGGGAAACGGGAGUUUCCUGUUUCCACAAUUAAGAUGUUGGCGGGUCGGGAAAGUAAUUAUUCAGGAAGGGGGAGGUUUUCUGCGGCUGAUCGUUGUCAUAUGCUUGGCAGAUAUUUACCAGUCAAUGGUCCUUGGCUUAUUGACCAGAUGACUAGCCGGGCCUAUGUCUCACAAUUCUCAGCUGAUGGUUCUCUGUUUGUAGCUGGCUUUCAGGGAAGCCAUAUUAGAAUAUAUAAUGUUGAGAGGGGGUGGAAAGUUCAGAAAAACAUUCUUGCCAAAAGUUUGCGUUGGACAGUUACUGAUACAUCUCUGUCAUCAGAUCAGCGCCAUCUUGUCUAUGCUAGCAUGUCACCUAUUGUCCAUAUCGUUGAUGUUGGGUCUGCAGCUACAGAAUCACUCGCAAACAUCACGGAGAUUCAUGACGGAUUGGACUUUUCUGCUGAUGGUGAUGGGGGCUAUUCUUUUGGGAUCUUCUCUGUGAAAUUUUCUACUGAUGGACGUGAACUUGUUGCAGGAAGUAGUGAUGAUUCAAUUUAUGUAUAUGACAUUGAACAAAAUAAGCUCUCACUUCAAAUUCAUGCGCAUGCGUCUGAUGUUAACACUGUAUGUUUUGCUGAUGAAAGUGGCCAUCUUAUCUAUUCUGGAAGUGAUGAUAAUCUUUGUAAGGUGUGGGAUAGGCGUUGCUUUAUUGCUAGAGGAAAUCCAGCAGGAGUCCUAGUGGGACACCUAGAAGGCAUUACAUUUCUUGACAGUCGUGGAGAUGGUCGUUAUUUCAUCUCUAAUGGCAAAGAUCAGACAAUCAAACUUUGGGAUAUCCGGAAAAUGGCUUCUAAUGCUCCUUGCGACUUAGCGCUAAGGAACUAUGAAUGGGAUUACAGAUGGAUGGACUAUCCACCACAGGCAAAAGAUUUGAAACAUCCAGGUGAUCAAUCAGUGGCUACAUAUAAAGGUCAUUCAGUCUUGCGUACUCUUAUUCGCUGCUACUUUUCCCCCACACAUAGCACUGGCCAAAAGUAUAUAUACACUGGCUCUCAUGAUUCUCACGUUUAUAUAUAUGACUUGGUUACUGGAGAGCAAGUUGCAGUUCUCAAACACCAUGAAUCACCUGUCAGAGAUUGUAGUUGGCACCCGGAUUAUCCAAUGCUUGUAAGCUCUUCUUGGGACGGGGAUGUUGUGAAAUGGGAAUUUCCUAUGAAUGGAGAAGCUCCAACACCUGCAACCAAGAAGAGGAUUCGGAGGCGACAAUUUUAUUGAAAGAAGUUGGUGAUACAUGCAAAUGCAAUCUCCUUGAUAUUAUGAAGUAAAUAUAUGUUGUUUUCGCCACACACAUAUAUUAUGUAAUUAGCCUGUAAUGUGAAAUCAUUGCUUUAUACUAUACGUCCAUAAGGUUUGAGUUGUACAUGGAUAACCCCCCAAUGAGGAGAUUUUAUGUACCAAUAAAAGAUAUCGGUGAAUUGAAAUCUUAA